AUGGCUCCGUCCCUUCCCAAGACCUUUCGGGCUGCCGUCCUCGACGGCAAGGGAAGCCAAUUGACACUCAAGGACAUCGACCUCAAGCUGCCCGGCCCUGGCCAAGUCCUCAUCAAGACACUAGCUUGUGGGGUCUGCCAUACUGAUGAGUUCCUUCGUCAGGGCUUCUUGCCCAACUCCUGGCCUCGAAUCCCCGGCCACGAGGUAAUUGGAGACAUCGUCGCCGUCGGCGAGGGAGUCACACGCGUCAAAGAGGGCGAGAGGGUUGGCGGCCCAUGGCACGGCGAGUACGUACUCCUGCGCGCGGAGGCUGCCGUGCGCAUCCCGCCCAACGUCGACCCGGCCGAGGCGGCGCCGCUGCUGUGCGCCGGUGUAACGACCUUCAACUCGAUGCGCCGCAUGGGCGUGAUGCAGGGCGACUUGGUCGCGGUGCAGGGGCUUGGCGGGCUGGGCCACCUGGCGGUGCAAUUCGCGAACAAGAUGGGCUAUGAGGUAGUGGCUAUCAGCAGCGGCAGCGACAAGAAGGACUUCGCGACCCAGCUCGGCGCCCACCAUUACAUUGACACCAGCAAGGAGGACCCCGUCAAGGCGCUCACCAAGCUCGGCGGUGCCGCCAUGAUCUGCUCCACCGCGCCGAACCCCAAGGCUGUCAGCCCGCUGGUGGGCGGUCUGGCCCCUCAGGGCAAGCUGAUUGUGCUGGCGCCACUCGGGCCCGUCGAAUUCGACACGGCUACGAUGGUCACCAAGGCGGCGAGUGUGCAUGGGUGGCCGUCGGGGCACCAGCUUGACUGCGAGGAGACUAUUGCGUUUGCUGGCACUCACGGUGUCAAGUGCUUGAUUGAGAAAUUCCCGCUGGAAAAGGUUCAGGAGGCAUUUGAGCAUAUGACGAGUGGAAAGGUCCGCUUCAGGGCUGUCUUGACGGUGUAA